UAUUAUACAGUUGAAUUGCUCGAUAGGGUUUAACUGAUCCAACCAUCCAAAAAUGGCUUCCUCGAAAUCCCUAAUUCGUGCUGGAGCUUCAAUGUCGACUCGGUUCCUCAGUCGGGCUUUCCACACAAGCCCCAACCCCUUUCUUUCUCCGAAGCACGAAUUGAUCGGGGCCGCCAAAUUGCUCCCCUCUCUGUUUAUUCCCCAAUCUCAAAAAAUGGCGCCGUUCUACUCCCCGCCGCAGCCUCAGAACGAUGUCGACUCUCUCAGAAAGCUCUUCUCCGAAGGAUUUCUCUACCCUUGUGGCCUUCCUUCUCUCCCCUUCUUGCUGCCCGAAGGAGACGAAUCUUCAUCAAGUGAGCCUAUGCUUUGUCACACAAAGAGGACGUACCAACCAAGUAACAUCAGACGCAAAAGGGUUCAUGGAUUCUUCGCUAGGAAAUCCACCAAGGGUGGCCGGAGAGUCAUUUCCCGACGAGUUACAAAGGGUCGGUAUAGAAUCACAGCAUGAUCAAACUUCUGGCAAGUUUCUGGAUGAUCUGAUCAAAGAGCACAGACAUUUUGAGGGCAAAAACCUGAUUGGGGCUAGGCAAUUGUGAUGCCUUAAAAUUGUUGCUUUUCAGCUCUUACUUUAAUAUGUAAUGGAGUUUCACUUUGCUUUGAGAUGAGAAAUAAUUAUGUUAGUUCCCAUCUUUUCUUAGCAAAAAACUGGUGAUUUUGAGAUGAACAAUAAUUAUGUUAGUUCAAUCUCUUCUUAGCAAAGAAUUGGUGAUUUGUUUAACUUGAUCCAAGAAAUAUGUUUUGGUGGACUUA